AUGGAGACCCCCAAAGAAGCAUCAGAAGCAUUCUUUAUUAAAAUCACCACAACAUGUGGAAACAACCUGCAAGGGAAAAAGGCCGACAGCUUCCAGAGCUUCCUGCGGGUUGAGGUGGACAACGUUCUGGUGGGACAGUCAGAAAACAAGCAGUACGACCCUGAGGAGCAGUGUGUUGACUACAACCUCACCUGCACCUAUCUCUGUCAUAAUGACGCUCAGGGUCUCAGUGACAUGGUCAACCACCCGAUCAUAUUGACAGUGAGUGAGUUCCAGCCCGAGGAGAAGAAGGUCGAGGCAAAGAUGGUGGUGAUGGGCCAAGCUGUGGUCGACCUGAUGCCACUGCUGCAGGGUGAGUGCAGCUUCUCAGCCACGGUCCCAUUGCAUCCAGUGACCGGCCCCCCGACCAAGGAGUCCAAGCAGUCGACCCUGGACGUGAGUGUCAGUGUGUCGGCUCCACUUCUGUCUGAGGUUGAACUGUCGACCUCCAACCUGCUGAAGGUCACCCUGGAGACAGCCUACGCCGUCCCUGAGUCCUGGACGCUGCUGUCGAAUGCCGCCCCAACUCCCUCCACAUUCACUGCCGCCCUGGAGGUCCCAGUGAUGGCUAAGAAAGAUAAGGUACUGGUGUUUUGUGAUGGGCAGCUGAAGCCAGGGGGGCAGAGGGAGGUGAGCGGCAGACAGAAGAAGAGGCCCAAUCAGGCCCUACUGGUCCAAGGAAACCACUUCAUGCCUGGAGUUUAUCUCCAAGAAGAGCCCAUCGAGCAGGAGGACGGCGAGCUGAAAGGAUUAGAGGACCUUGAGUUUCGUAACGUGGCAGAGACCACGAUGAGCAGGGUGAGCUGGGACACAGAGAUGUGCUGCCUCCUGAAUGCAAAAGGAGCUGCCAGGCUACGACAGAGGAUCACUGAGAGCAGACUGUGGCCAGUGGAGAUCAUGAGGUCGGUGGCUCCUCAAGCAAAAGCAGUGGGCAAGCAGCCGGCUGAGGAGAACUCAGAGAUCCUUUCCCACUGUGUGGCAUUUGUGGAUAUGGGGCGGCUGCUGUAUCCCGGUAUCAGCCGCAUCCGAGGAGCGUACAGUGUCCGUGCCUUCUCCGAGGCCGAGCUGCUGAACAAGGCCAAGAGGACUGUCAGUGUGUUAAAGGAACUGGAGAAAGCUGCAUCCAAACAGAUGAAAGCUCAUGCCAGCUCCGCUGCAAGCUCGAACAAGGGAAAGGCUGGGAAGAAUACAGAUGGAGCACAGAAGGGAGUCAAGGAAUCAAAGGAUCCACCCAAAAAGCAACCUGCCAAUCCGGUCAAGACGGCUCCAGCCGAGAACGACAGCCCGACCGAGACGGAGCCGAACGGCAACACAGACCAGAAUACGUAUUCUGAAUCCAGAACCUACCUCAUCAUUGAGAUCUCCUUGGAGAAACCACUGGUGCCCGUAACCUCUCCAGAGGAACUGUCCAGAAGGGUGAAGGCAUUGAUCCCACCCAGACCUCCCCCUCCAGAUGGUCCUCGCAGAGCAGCAGAGGCUGUUGGGGACUUCCACAGGCAGGUGGGCAGCGUGGUGACCAAAGUUUCAGACCAGUAUCGGGAAUUACUUGGAGGAACAUGCAAGCCGUCAGAAGACAGCAGCCCGGAGCAAGUGGCAGUUCAGCUGAUGGGAGCGCUCAAUGUCUCUGGGAGAUACUUCGCCUUCAAGGAGCAGAUGAAGCAUGCAGUGGUUAGGCUUGUACGUGACAAGAUGCGGAAGACAGAUCCCAUCACUGACCCUCAGGAUCUACAGGCUUUCGUUAGUAAGCUCUACGUCUAUCUGCAGGAUGAGAUGCACAUCGCCCUAAACAAGAUUUAUUCAGAAGAUGUUGAUGACGAUUCCAAGGAUGAAUUCCAGUUGAGUUCUUCUCAGCUCAGACAUUUUGCAAAGGAAGCUCAAGUGACUGGGGAUUAUGAGGAGGCUGCUCAUUACUGCCACGAGCUCGUGGUGAGGGACCCCAAUGAGCCCUCCCACAGAUUUGAGUGGGGGGGUCUCUGCAUGCUGACUGGAGACCACAUGAAGGCUAAAGAGUGUUUCCAUGAUGCGGUAUCCAUCCAGCAGACACAUCAGCCCAGCCUUAUGAUGUGUGGCGUGUUGGCAGCAACGUAUGAGCGGUACGCGGAGGCUCGGACCUUCCUGGAGCAGGCCACGGACAUAAAACCCCCCAGUGUGGUGGGCUGGACUCUGCUGGGUUUUCUCCAUGAGUGGCAGAAUGAACCCAUCCUGGCUCAGAGGGCUUUUCUUGAGGCCAAAAAGCAUCUGAUUGCAGUCGUAGAAAAGAAGCAACCACAAGCCGGCGAUCUGAAAAAGAAACGCAAAGGCCUGAAAACCAAGCAGGUGGAGGAAGUGGACACAGCUGCUCCUGUGUGUCAGUCUCCUGAUGAGAAUCCAGAUCCAGAGCAUGUUAACCAGAACUCAGAGAGACACAAAGAGUCUUCUGCAAAAAGUGUCAUCAACAGUUCUAAUUCAGAAUGUCCCACCACCAUUUACAUAGAGGCUGUCAAGUUCCUGCUGCAGAACAAUGCACUGCAGAUGGCAGAGCAUGCUCUGUCCCAAGAGCUCCUGUGUUCAGAAGGAGGUCAGAGCGUCUCCUACCUCCUUCAUCUGGCCAAGCUGCAGCUGCUCAAAGCUGACUACUGCACUGCUGCUGCCACCCUCAAGAUGGCACUGUUUCAAAGAGAUCAGGAUGCAGACAUAUGGGCUCUGAAUGGUCACUGUCACUUCCUGCAAGGGGCCUUCAGUGACGCCCAGGAGAGCUAUGAGCGGAGCCUGCACUUACCACAGCAGCCGUCUGACUCUCACCCUGUUCUCCUCCGCUCGGGAUCCAUCUACCUCCUGCAUAAGAUGUUUGAAAAAGCCAAAGAAGUCUUCCAGCGGGCUUGUGAACAGUCGCCCUCCUGCCUGACGUGGCUGGGUCUGGGCACCGCCUUUUACCGGUUGGAGAAUCUGUCUAUAGCCGAGGAGGCUUUGACGGAGGCCAACCAUUUAAACAACCAGAAUGCAGAGGUGUGGGCCUACCUGUCUCUUAUUUGCCUUAGGACCGGCAGACAAGAGGAAGCAGAGCAGUUUUAUAAGUUUGCAGUGAAGUUUAAGCUGCAGAAGAAGUUUCUCCUCACAGAGUUCAAUGAGCUGAAGACUCAGCUCCGACUCAGUCGCCUGGUGUUACGGUCAUAACUGUGCCCUGUCCCUGUUUGAGCUUCUGAAUCCCCAGAUGCUCCUCCUCCUUCCUGGCUGGGGGUGAAGGCAAGGAAUCAUCAGGAAGAAUCACCAAGGGAUGGCAUGAAUUCUGUCCAGCUGUAAAUUGUGUGUGAACAGCUCACCAAACUAGAUUAUUGAGAUUAAAUUUGUAUUGAGAGAUAAUAUUGUUCUUGUCUGAGAGUCAGACCAGAAUUGUUUAUUAGAAAACCCUAACUCUAAAAAGAGACUUUUGAUUUGAACUAGUUCUGGUUAAUGUUUGGACAGUGUUUUUGCGAGACCAAAGGCCUCCUCUUUGGUCUAUAUGUGUAGUCCAGUGGUUCUCAAAGUUGGGGGCCUGGACAUACUCCAGGGGGGGCGCAAUGUCACAGACAAAAAAAAUACAAAUAAUAAUAAUAAUAAUUAAAAAAAUAAAUAUGACCUGUCACUGGUUAGUGAAAGCCCAUAGCAUUACUCCCUUGGCGUAAUGCUAUGGGCUGGACUGACACAAACAAAUCAAAUACUGAUUUGUUCCUGAUCCACCAAUCAAAAGAGGACUGUUCAUUUGAACGCGAUUUGCACGAACGCGAGUAUAAAAGUAACUGCAGGCAUGGUCAGGGCUCACCCUCACUGAGACGACCCCCUGCAGAGUUUCUGCGAUUGCGCUUGUUUCCUCGAUAAUUCAGAUAUUCAUUGCUUUAUAAACAGUCUUUUUAAAGACUCUCUCCUUCCUUAGUAAUUCCUUCCUGCACUUGCAACAGGCCUAUUCGUAGCCUAAUCUAAGGAGUAGUUUUCUCCAAAGUCUUUUUUAGAAAGCUCAUAGCCCCAAGAGCUAGCCUUCUAGCUACCUAACUUCUUCCAACUGCAGCUAGCCCAUUUCUCCUUAACACCUACCUUUACAUCUUCAAUCAUCCACCAGCAUCUGAGCUACACAGCUCAACAGAAUCGCUAAGGCAGAAACCACACAACCAAUCAGAAGACUUCUCAGAACUGUGAACAGCACAGCAACUUCCUUUUUUUUAAAUAGCCUUGUGUAUAUAUAGAAUUAUCCCUACUUUUGUAUAUAUUUCUAUAUUUACUAAGAUUUUUACCCAAUUAAUGUGUAGAAGCACUACAAAAGUGGAAUUUUCAUAAUAUGUCCCCUUUAAGUAGCACUCUAUAUCUCCACUCAGAUAAAAAAAUCUUUAUCCGGGAACAUGAUAUAUAUAUAUAGAGUCUGACAUGUGCAUACCUGGAAAACCACGAGAACCAAACUGGUGGUGCAUGCAAAGGCCUAAACUUGGUUCCUUGACUCUUGCAUGUGUGAAUCUGGAACCGUUCUCCGGCUCUGCAGGAGGAUGUAUCUAAGACACUUUCUUGUGCUACAGUGUCAUUGGUGAAUUUCCUCUACAGAGGAUAAAUUAAAGUACAUCUUAUCUUACCUUAUCUUAAAUACAUGUGCAAGAAAUUUUGUUUUUCAUCGUUUUAUUUUGUGCAAUACUGUCAUUGUGAGGACGUUAAUCUUUUUUAUGAAGUUUUGAAAUCAAAUUGCAAAUCCCUCCAUUAACCUUGACAGUCCUUGUCAGCUCAGUGGCUGGGGGAUGUAGGUGCAGCUGACUUUUUCCCCCUCCUUCGCAGCCCCAAAAGGUGGCGGACUCUCUUACACAAUGAAGCUUUCUUUGGUUUCUCUGUCUUCGUACAAAAAGAGUUCUGCUUAGUCGUUGCUGGGUCUUGACUAGUCACCACGUUUUGGUGAAAAAAACCUUCCAUCACUGCUUAAUCUAUUAGUUUGAAAUAGAAAGUUAUAACUAUACUUGACAGAUUUCUGCGUCAGAUGAAGUUCUCUCUCGAUCACAGUGAAUGGUCACUUUCUGAAAUCGAUGUCACAUUCCCUACACUUAAUGUUGCUAUAAAGGACCUAAUGGUAUGUAUCAAUGGAACAUUUAAGAUCAUAGAGCAUGAGCCUUUGAUAAAUAGAACAUUGAACGUGUCUUUAAUCUUUAACACUAAACGUUUUUUUGAUCUUAAACAGUUGGGAGUUAAACACCCCAACCAGUUCUCUUCUUCCGGAACAUCCCAUUUAUUCCUUUUUUUUUUUUUUUUUGCACAUGUUUACUUUCAAUAGUCAUAUUUCAUCACAUAAUGCAGAAAUCUAGAUUCAUAAUCAUGGAUUCCACCAGUCCCCUAAAUGUAUUAUUAUUAUUAUAUCAAGAUCCAUGAAUUAUUCUCUGUGAAUCAGUGAAAAUGUAAAAGAAAUCUUUUGUCUCACAUUGUUAAGACAAUGAAAUAAAACCGUGAAUCCACAAUUA